AGAAGUAAUCGUCUCAGGGUCAAAAAAUAAACAACAACAAGAGGUCAUAAGUUUUCUUUUCAUUCUAAUAACAAUAAUAAUACGUUUUAGUGUUUAAGCAACCUUUUCAAAACUGUGUUUUAACACGCAAGCAAAGAUCAAUUGCAAUCGGUACAAUUUUUGUGUGUGAAAAAUAUGAAAAGUCUUUUUGUUAUAACCGGACUAGGGCUGAUUUUGGAAAUGGUAUUAGCUGAUGGAGGUCCAGAUUGGCCAGCAAUUUGUCCGGACAUCAUAACCAAAGCCCGCUGGGGAGCCAGAAAAUCUCAUUCUGUCGAGUACGCCAUUGUUCCAGUUCCAAAUGUUAUUGUCCAUCACACGGUCACUCCGAGUUGCGACACUGAAGAAAAAUGCUCGGGUACACUAAGGGAAAUUCAAAAUUACCACAUCGACACCAUGGAGUAUGAUGACAUCGGAUAUAAUUUUAUAAUUGGAGGCGAUGGAAAUGUAUAUGAAGGAGUUGGAUGGCAUAAGAUUGGAGCUCACGCGAGAGGUUUCAACUCUAAAUCUAUUGGAAUUGCUUUUAUAGGAGAUUAUUCAGACAAUCGACCAAGUGAAAAAAUGCUCAAGGCACUAAAAAACUUAUUAGCCUGUGGCCUGGAACUGGGAGAACUGCAUAAAGAAUACAAAUUGCUCGGAGCAAGACAAGUUAUGGCAACUGCCAGUCCUGGCAGUGCAUUAUUUUCGGAAAUAAAAACUUGGGCGCAUUUUACCCGAAAUACUUAAUUCCACUGUGUAAAGAUUCCCGAUGUAUAUCUAUAUUAUAUAAAAUAAAAAAUAAAUCUUA